ACGUUAUCAUCCAAUUAAGACUCUUUAUUGUUUUUAGACCAAAUAUUCUUUCUUUUCUUUUAAGUUGUGUUUUUAUUCAGUUGUACUGGAAACAACCUCUGUUUUUCUACAGUCGUUGCUGUUAGGUUUAUAACUCACUUCUUUGCAAUCUUUGCAAAUCCUUGCAGUAUAAUCAGUAGACUAAAAUGGAUUGGAAAUCUCUGAUUGUCAGGGCUGUCCUCUGAUUCAGGGAUUCAUAAAGGCACAACAUGGACCCCCUGGAGCUUCUCCUUGGCACUCUAGAAGAUCUAACUGCCAAAGACCUGAAGACGUUCCAGUUGUACCUGACUGAGGGGGCGCUGAAGGGGUUUGAUCGUAUUCCAAAAGGGAAGCUGGAGAAAUGUGAUCCCCCAGAUACUGCAGGCAUAAUGAGGGAGGCCUAUGGCAGUGAAGGUGCCCUGAGGAUAACACUGCUCAUCUUGAAGAAGAUGAAGCACAAUGACCUUGCAGACAAACUGGAGGGAGAGCUGGAGAAGAGUGGCCCAGCGGUGUCGGUAGAUAUGGAUAAGGGAUCUGAAUCUGCCAUCCAACAGCAACUUAAGGCUGAACUGAAGGACAAAGGUGUCUGUGCAGAAGUUCUGUCUAGACUGGGCAGAAGAAAGGGCCAAUCAGGAUAUUUAUUUAAUCUUUGUGCUUCCUUUCGGAGAGCUGAACUUACUUCAAACAGAGGAGUACAGUCUCUUGUCACUUUUGAUAUACUUCCACCCUGAACUUAUGGACU